AUGACCGGUGAAGAUAGACGGGGGAUUACCGUUCUUCACGUUCCCACGAUCAAAGCGUCCAUCGGGGAGAAGGGUUUUGCCUCUGAUGAUGUUCUCUUUGACUUGGUUGCCAUACACGGCUUGAACGGGGAUGCCAUCGAUACCUGGACGCACAAAACAACAGGGGUCAUGUGGCUGAAAGAUCUACUACCGGAAGCUUUGCCUAAUAUCCGGAUAAUGACAUAUGGUUACAAUGCUCGCUUCAAAAACUUUACUGCGCAACAAGACAUGCGCAGCAUAUGCUCCAAAUUACUUGCUGAGCUUGUUGAUAUGAGGCCUACGGAACAGGCACUAUUGAUAGGUUGCUCUAAAGAGGAAGAACAGGUGCAGAAGUCUGUUUACGGGAUACUAUUUCUCGGAACUCCCCACAAUGGGAGUAGUCUUGCGGGGAUGGGAAAGCUUGUGGCAAACAUUCUUUCCGCGUGCUCGUCAAUGAGACCUCCGCGUACACUGCUAGGCUUGCUGCAAAAAGACUCAGAGGUCUUGAUGGAAAUAACGCAGGAUUUCAUCAAGAGAAGGAGACAAGUGCAUCUAAUCUCUUUCUACGAACUGGAGUUCACAUCUAUUGGCCCAUUCUUGAGAAAAAUGGUAAGGAUUUUUGAUGUGAGCGCGCUUGGAAUCCGUAUUGACCAUCAUUUGAAGGUUGUUGAACAACAGUCCGCCAUUUUGAACGUCCCAGAUGAAAUUACUAUUCCGCAAUUUGCCGACCACCGCAAUAUUGUCAGAUUCAGAUCCCAUCAAGAUCGCACUUUUCGCCCUGUGAUGUCCAGAUUGAAACAAAUAGCUCAUGAGUUGCAGCUUGGCCCCACCGAACAGACAAAACCUACCCUCGAGUCGAGCGGUUCGGGGACGACCCAGACAGCUUUGCAUUACAUUUUGCGAAAUAUGUCGAAGUACAGCACAGGAGCGGUUUUCCUAAACGCAACAUCAAGCGUCUCACUUGAAGCUGAUAUUGAUCGUCUGCAUGAACUUCUCAAACUCGGGCAAUCAAAUAACAAGAUUAGCUCAGUGAAAAGCUGGCUAUCGAGACCUGAAAAUUCUAGGUGGAUUCUUGUGUUUGACAACGCUGACAAUUUGGAUUCGGUGCAUAUUCAAAAGUAUUUACCCUCGGUGAACUGGGGUCAUGUCUUGAUCACCAGCUGUGACCAAGCGGCUAUUGGCAGCAUAGCCGAGGAGGGUCAUGUGUUGACUUCGUUGGCAACUGAAGACGCAACGCAUUUACUACUCGAGAGCUCUGGGAUCAAAAAUCCUAGUAAGAAUGAUAGAGAAGAAGCAAAAAAGAUUGCGGAGCUACUUGGAUCCCUUCCGCUUGCUUUGGUGCAGGCAGGGGCGUUCGUGCGCUCUAGGCGUAGAAGCCUGAGAGAAUACCAAGAUCUAUAUGUCACUCGUCGGAACGACUUGUUGCUCUUUUCGCCACGCCUAGGAUCCACUGAAAAGGCGGUUCUGACGGCGUGGGAAAUCAAUUUCAAGCAAGUGGAACAAGAGUCACCCGCCGCAACUUCUCUUCUCCUUCUUUUCGCAUUCCUUGAGCCGUCAUCGAUCCCCGAGAUGAUCUUACAUAGAGGCACAUCUCCCCAGAGAAGAGGGGGGGAAAUGGCGAAGUAG